UUGGACAGACAGACAGAAGCGGUACCCCAAAUCUUGCUUUGUCGCGAGCAAGACAUCCGACCUCUCGAUUGAUUGUCAGCGAAAUCGAAGCUUCUUAUUCAUCUUUGCCUUAUUCUUCACAGACGUCACUGCACGAGAAACAUAACUCGAAUUGCAUUCCUUCUGUAUUUGCAACGGUUACAUUGCUGGGAAAUUUCAGUGGAAAGCUGUAUUUCAAGGAGUAGGAGUUGCAAGGAACGAGAGAGCUCCAGGGUAGAAGAUUAGGGCAAGGGAGUCGGAACUAGUGCGGGGUUGUGUACGGAGCUUUGGCAUAGUGACACGAGCUGGUUUCGAAACAGGGAGCAACAAUGAGUGGGACGUUGUUGGAACAGACGCGGGCCUUCCACGAGGAGUGCGAGCGGCUGGAGCGAUGCAUUGUGCAGGAGCUGCAGAAGGAGACGAAGUCGCACAAGGAGAGGUUGCACCAGAAUCACCGUGUCAAUAACAUGCGCCACGCUAUCCUCGACUCCACGGCAAAACUUGUGGACAUUUACGAAGACAAAGAUCAUGCUCGAGAGGAUGAAAUUGCUGCUCUUGGAGGUCAAGGUCAAGGCCAGAAUUUCUUCACGUCCUUUUACGAACGAUUCAAAGAAAUAAGGGAAUACCACAGGCGACAUCCUAGUGUUCGGGAGGCAACUACAGCGGAUGAUCCUGAAGAGUAUCUCAAGGAAGAGCCCUAUAUUGACUUCAGUGGAGAGGAAGCGUAUGGAAGAUACUUGGAUUUGCAUGCUCUGUACAAUCAAUAUUUGAACUCCAAGUUUGGGCAGCCAUUGGAGUACUCUGCUUUUUUGGACGACUUUUCACAAACACACAAGAUCUCACGCAAUGUUAAGUUAUCUAAGCAGUAUCAAGACUACCUGAAGUCAAUGACAGAUUACUUAUUGUCAUUUUUUGAGCGGACUCAACCCUUACAAGAUGUUGACAAAAUUUUUGCCAAGGUUAAUGCCGAAUUUGAGGAGAGAUGGAAUGCAGGAACUGUCCAAGGAUGGGAAGACAAGGGUUUAGGAACUGAACAGGCCUCCUCCAGAUUGCAACCGCUUAUUGAUGUAGAAGACUAUGACAGCGUAGAUGAGCUCAUGGAGCUUGGCCCCGAUCGCCUGAAAGAGGCUCUUGCAGCAUUGGGUUUAAAAACAGGUGGCACUCCUCGUCAACGUGCGGAGCGUCUCUUUCUUACCAAGGGAGUUGCAUUAGAUUCGCUUGACCGUAAGCACUUUCCCAAGGGAUAUCAACUCCCAAUUACGAUGAAAUCAGAAAAGGAAAUUGCACAACAGGUUGCUUCCUCCAAAGCAGUUGCUUUGGCAGAGGUGAAGAUGCAGCGUUUGUGUGAGCUUUUGCAGGAGGCUAUUGAGGAAACCAAGUCACACGUAGAGAAAAAGCAAGCUCUAACCUACGAGGAGAUGGAAGCUGAGCGGGAAGAGGAAGAAGUGGCACAAGAAAGUGAAAGUGAAGAUGAGGAACAGGCAAUCUAUAAUCCUCUGAAGUUACCAAUGGGAUGGGAUGGGAAACCCAUUCCUUAUUGGCUUUACAAAUUGCAUGGACUUGGACAGGAGUUUAAAUGUGAGAUAUGCGGCAAUUAUAGCUAUUGGGGUCGACGGGCUUUUGAACGACACUUCAAGGAAUGGAGACAUCAGCAUGGAAUGCGUUGUUUGGGUAUUCCAAAUACGAAAAACUUCCACGAGAUUACAUCCAUCAAAGAUGCAAAAGCUCUCUGGGAAAGGAUUCAAGAGAGGCAAGGAGUCAACAAGUGGCGUCCUGAUCUAGAAGAAGAAUAUGAAGACCUUGAUGGGAAUGUAUACAACAAGAAGACUUUCUCUGAUUUACAACGACAAGGGCUAAUUUGAGUCACCUGUCAGUAAGCUUUUAUUGUUGGCGAUUUAAUAUUUCAAUGCUGAAACGACCGCCAUUCCAGUGAAGUGGUCUCAAGGACAAGCUAUAUUCCCAGUUGCUUGCUUCUCGAAAAAUCUGUGCAACGGCAGGUGCUGCAGUAGAGCACAAGCUAUUACUUUCUGAGCUGGGUUUCUGUCCUCAGAAGCUUAGGAGGGAGUCUCACCACUUCCGAAGGUUCUUGUCAUGUUUUUCUUGAAACUGUGGAUGCUUUAUGAGGAUUUUAAGAUCGGAACGUCCACAGGGAGCAGCCUAGUCGGUAUUAGAUGGUGGGUUUAAUGUUUUGUGUUUGAUUGUUCGCUCUAAUCUAUGCAGUUGUAAAGUAGCAUGAUCUGCCGGAAGUGACGUCGAAAGUAUUUGGUUCCCCUACUUUCGUACAAAGUAAAAUUCACGUGCUUUUUGAAAAGAUAGGUUUUUCUUUGAAGGGUUCUCAGGAUUGUGUAAUUAGCGAGAAGGUUCCGGGGUGAGGACCAUCUGGUCACCCAUGUUUCUGCCACGAGCGUUAUGGUAGUGAGGGAGUAAUUAACUUGCUUCACAGUAUCAGCUGGACGAGCCAGAACGGGGGUGAAGGCGUACAACAGUCGCUGGUAUCCCGUGUUACCUCACAUCACUCGCAUAGAGCAUCCUUUCUGUUUACUAGCCUUGCAGAUAGCGGGGGGCCUUAUCAACCCGAACAGCUCGUGAAUCGCUGCACCCUAUCUUAUCACUGCGACCUAGGAGACAGCCAAUCGAUCACCCGUGUGGGGAACCCUCACGUCUUUUGCAAUGAUGGGAUGAUUUGAAAUUCGGAAUAUUUCAGCAAUCAUUUUGAGCUGUCCACCAUGAA